AUGUCAGUAUCACUCUUAAGGGAUAUGAAAGAAUUCGGAGAGGCUGCCCCUUUCCUCCGCAAGACAGAGUUGGAACUCCUGGCUGCACAGACACUGGCUUUCGAUGGUAAGAAGAGAGUGUGGAUCCCAGAUGAGAAGCAAGCUUACAUCGACGUUGAGAUAAAAGACACCACAGAUGGCAAAAUCACUGCGGAGACAAGGGAUGGGAAGACCCUGGCUGUGAAGGAGGAUGACAUCCAACAGAUGAACCCUCCAAAAUUUGACAUGAUUGAGGACAUGGCUAUGCUGACCAACCUCAAUGAGGCCUCUGUACUGUUUAACCUGCAACGGCGUUACAGCAGCUGGAUGAUAUAUACCUAUUCCGGGCUGUUCUGUGUCACGGUGAACCCUUAUAAAUGGCUGCCCAUCUAUACUGCUUCUGUGGUUGCUGCCUACAAAGGCAAACGGCGCUCAGAGGCUCCGCCACACAUCUUCUCCAUCGCAGACAACACCUACAACGACAUGUUGCGCAAUCGUGAGAACCAAUCUAUGCUCAUUACCGGAGAAUCCGGUGCUGGCAAAACUGUCAACACGAAACGUGUAAUUCAGUAUUUUGCCAUUGUAGCAGCCCUGGGGGAAGCAGUCAACAAAACAGGAGGACCUGCUACUAAAACAGGGGGAACCCUUGAAGACCAGAUAAUAGAGGCUAACCCAGCUAUGGAGGCUUUCGGCAAUGCCAAAACGCUGAGGAAUGACAACUCAUCACGCUUUGGCAAGUUCAUCAGGAUCCAUUUUGGUCCCACAGGCAAACUGGCUUCUGCUGACAUCGACAUCUAUCUUCUGGAAAAGUCUAGAGUGAUCUUUCAGCAACCUGGGGAAAGAAGCUACCACAUCUAUUAUCAGAUCAUGUCCCAGAAGAAGCCAGAGCUUAUAGAAAUGCUGCUGGUCACGUCAAACCCUUAUGACUUCCACGUCUGCUCUCAGGGAGUUACCACAGUGGACAACAUGGAUGACGGGCAGGAGCUUUUAGCCACAGAUCAUGCCAUGGACACCCUGGGCUUCAGUGUGGAGGAAAAGUAUGGCUGCUAUAAAAUAGUGGGCGCCAUCAUGCACUUUGGAAACAUGAAGUUUAAGCAGAGGCAGCGUGAGGAGCAGGCGGAGACUGAUGGCACAGAGAGUGCUGACAAAGCUUCCUAUUUGAUGGGGAUCAGUUCAGCUGAUCUUAUUAAGGGGCUCCUGCACCCUCGUGUCAAGGUGGGAAAUGAAUACAUUGUCAAGGGACAGACUGUCGACCAGGUGAACUAUGCUGUGGGUGCUCUGGCCAAAGCCACAUACGACCGCAUGUUCAUUUGGCUGGUGGGCCGUAUUAACAGGACACUGUACACCGCACUGCCACGCCAGUACUUCAUUGGAGUACUGGACAUCGCAGGGUUCGAGAUUUUUGAGUUCAAUAACUUUGAGCAGCUCUGCAUCAAUUUCACAAAUGAAAAACUGCAACAGUUUUUCAACCACCAUAUGUUCAUCCUGGAACAAGAGGAGUACAGGCGGGAGGGCAUUGAAUGGACCUUCAUUGACUUUGGUCUGGACCUGCAGGCCUGCAUUGACCUUAUCGAGAAGCCAAUGGGAAUCCUGUCUAUCAUGGAGGAAGAAUGUAUGUUUCCCAAGGCAACUGACAUCAGCUUUAAGGCCAAGCUUUACGACAAUCACCAUGGGAAGACGGCCAUCUUCCAAAAACCUCGUCCUGACAAGAAGCGCAAGUUUGAGGCCCACUUUGAGCUGGUGCACUACGCCGGUGUGGUACCAUAUAACAUCUGUGGCUGGCUAGACAAAAAUAAAGACCCCCUGAAUGAGACAGUGGUGGGCUGUUUCCAGAAGUCAGCUAACAAGCUGUUGGCGUCCCUGUUUGAAAACUAUGUCAGUGCUGACGCAGAACCUAAGCCAGGAACUAAGGAGAAGAGAAAAAAAGCUGCAUCCUUCCAGACUGUGUCUCAGCUGCACAAGGAAAAUCUAAACAAGCUGAUGACAAACCUGCGCAGCACCCAUCCCCACUUUGUGCGCUGCAUCAUUCCCAAUGAGGCCAAGACUCCAGGGACUAUGGACCCUUUCCUGGUGCUACACCAGCUGCGCUGUAAUGGUGUGUUGGAGGGAAUCCGAAUCUGCAGGAAGGGCUUUCCCAACCGUAUCCUCUAUGCAGACCUGAAAAAGCGCUACCGACUUCUGAAUCCCUAUGCCAUUCCGGAUGAUAAGUUUGUGGACAGCAGGAAGGCAGCAGAGAAGCUUCUGGUCUCCCUAGAUAUUGAUCACAGCCAGUACAAGUUUGGGCAUACCAAGAUCUUCUUUAAGGCUGGGCUGUUGGGCCAGCUGGAGGACAUGCGCGAUGAGAGACUGGCGAAGAUCGUCACCAUGCUGCAGGCCAUUUGCCGAGGAAAGAUCAUGAGGACAGAACGGCAGAUGCUGAUGGAGAGAAAGGAGGCCAUUAUGGUGAUUCAAUGGAACAUCCGAGCCUUCAACGCAGUGAAGAACUGGCCCUGGAUGAAGCUCUUCUUCAAGAUCAAGCCUCUCCUGAAGAGUGCUGCGACUGAAAAGGAAUUGGCAAGCCUGAGGGAGGAGUUCCUGAAGCUGAAGGAGGCCCUGGAGAGGUCUGAGGCCAAACGCAAGGACCUGGAGGAGAAGCAGGUCACCCUGACUCAAGAAAAGAACGACGUCUCUCUACAGCUCCAGGCUGAACAGGACAAUCUGGCGGAUGCAGAGGACCGCUGCGAACUCUUGAUCAAGACUAAGAUCCAACUGGAGGCUAAAAUAAAGGAAAUAACAGAGCAACUGGAGGACGAGGAGGAGGUUAAUGCCAGCAUUGUUGCCAAGAAACGCAAGCUGGAAGAUGAGUGCGCUGAGCUGAAGAAGGACAUUGAUGACCUUGAGAUCACUCUAGCCAAGGUGGAGAAAGAGAAACACACCAUAGAGAAUAAGGUUAAGAACAUGAUUGAAGAGAUGGCGACACUGGAUGAGUCCAUUCUCAAGCUGACCAAGGAGAAGAAGGCCAUUCAGGAGGUGCACCAGCAGACCCUAGAUGACCUGCAGGCUGAAGAGGACAAAGUCAACAUGCUGACCAAGGCCAAGGCCAAGCUGGAGCAACAAGUGGAUGAUCUGGAAGGUUCUUUGGAGCAGGAGAAGAAGGUGCGUAUGGACUUGGAGCGAGUCAAGCGCAAGCUGGAAGGGGAUCUCAAGAUCUCCCUGGAGUCUGUCAUGGACCUGGAGAAUGACAAGCAGCAGCUUGAGGAGAAGCUAAAAAAGAAAGACUUUGAAUUCAAUCAGUUGAACUCAAAAAUGGAAGAUGAACAAGCUUUGGGGAUUCAGCUACAUAAGAAAAUUAAAGAACUACACGCACGUAUAGAACAGCUGGAGGAAGAGCUGGAGGCAGAGCGGGCAUCGCGGGCAAAGGCAGAGAAGCAGCUAAGUGACGUGAGGAGGGAGCUGGAGGAGCUGACUGAGCGUCUGGAAGAGGCGGGUGGGGCCACCUCUCUCCAGAUUGAGAUGAACAAGAAGAGGGAGGCAGACUUCCUGAAGCUGCGGCGGGACCUUGAGGAGGCCAUGCUCCACCAUGAGGCCACGGCCGCAGCGCUGAGGAAGAAACACACCGACAGCGUUGCCGAGCUGGCCGAGCAGAUCGACAGCCUGCAGAGGGUCAGGCAGAAGCUGGAGAAGGAGAAGUGUGAGGUCAAACUGGAAGCAGAUGAUCUGGCUUCGAACCUGGAGUACAUCUCUAAGGGCAAGGCUACAGUUGAGAAGAUGUGCAGGACAUAUGAGGAUCAACUGAGUGAGAGCAGGGCUAAGGCAGAGGAGCUCCAGAGACAGCUCAAUGAUGCCACCUCACAUCGAGCCCGGGCCCAGAGUGAGUGUGCUGAACUGAGCAGGAGGCUUGAAGAACGUGAGGCCCUGGUGACUCAGCUCCAACGAACCAAGAACUCAUUUUCCCAGAAUGCAGAGGAACUAAAGAAGCAGCUAGAAGAGGAGAAUAAGGCAAAGAAUGCCCUAGCCCAUGCCCUGCAGUCCUCCAGACAUGACUGUGAUCUGCUGAGGGAGCAGUAUGAAGAGGAGCAGGAAGCCAAGUCAGAGCUCCAGCGUUCCUUGUCCAAGGCCAAUGCAGAAGUGUCCCAGUGGAGAGUCAAGUAUGAGACCGAUGCCAUCCAGAGGACUGAAGAGCUUGAAGAAGCAAAGAAGAAGUUGGCGAUACGUCUGCAGGAUGCAGAGGAGGCUGUAGAGGCCUCACAUGCCAAGUGUUCCUCACUGGAGAAGAGCAAGUAUCGGCUGCAGACUGAGAUCGAGGACUUGCUGGUGGACUUGGAGCGGGCAAAUGCUGCGGCUGCUGCCCUAGACAAGAGGCAGCGCAACUUUGACAAGGUGCUGUCUGAAUGGAAGCAGAAAUAUGAGGGGACCCAGUCAGAGCUGGAGUUGUCACAGAAGGAGGCGCGCAGUCUGAGCACUGAGCUCUUAAAGCUGAAGAAUGCCUAUGAGGAGACACUCGACCACCUGGAGACUGCCAAUCGGGAGAACAAGAACCUCCAGGACGAGAUCGUUGAUCUGUUAGAUCAGAUCAGUGAAGGUAGGAAGAAUGUUCAUGAGCUUGAGAAGUUGAAGAAAGCCCUGGAUGCAGAGAAGAGUGAGAUCCAAUUGGCACUGGAAGAGGCUGAGGGCACACUGGAGCAUGAGGAAAGCAAGACCCUACGUGUCCACCUUGAGCUCAGCCAGGUCAGGGCUGAAAUUGACAGGAAGAUUGCGGAGAAGGAUGAAGAAAUCAAUAACCUCUGCCAGAACCAUCAGCGCAUCGUGGAAUCCAUGCAGACCACCCUGGAUGCAGAAGCAAGGUCUCGCAAUGAGGCCAUCAGGCUGAAGAAGAAGAUGGAGGGUGACAUGAAUGAGAUGGAGAUCCAGCUGAACCAUGCCAACCGCCAGGCUGUUGAAUCACAGAAGAUGGUGCGACAUCUGCAGGCUCAGAUCAAGGAAUUGCACGUAGAACUGAACGAGACAGUGCACCAGAAUGAGGACCUUAAGGAGCAGAUGGCGGUCACGGAACGGCGGAACAUGUUGCUGUCGUCAGAGUUGGAAGAGCUGCGUGGUCUGUUGGAGCAGGCAGAUCGUGGCCGCAAGCUGGCAGAGCAUGAGCUGCUGGAAUCCACAGAACGGGUCAACCUGUUGCAUUCACAGAACACAGGGCUGAUAAAUCAGAAGAAGAAGCUAGAGAAAGAUCUUUCCAUAUUGGCCAGCGAGGUGGAAGAAGCUUUUCAGGAGUGCCGCAAUGCUGAAGAGAAGGCCAAGAAGGCCAUCAGUGAUGCAGCCAUGAUGGCGGAAGAGCUUAAGAAGGAGCAGGAUACCAGCACUCACCUUGAGCGCAUGAAGAAGAACAUGGAUCAGACAAUCAAGGACCUGCAGAUGCGUCUGGAUGAGGCUGAGCAGAUUGCUCUCAAAGGGGGAAAGAAGCAGGUGCAGAAGCUGGAGAGCAGGGUGAGAGAGCUGGAAAAUGAGCUGGAAUGUGAACAUAAGAUCAUCAGUGAGCUGCAGAAGGGAGUGCGCAAAUACGAGCGGCGUAUCAAAGAGCUCACCUACCAGACAGAAGAGGACCGGAAGAACCUGUCUCGUCUGCAGGAGCUCAUUCACAAGCUGCAGGCCAAGGUGAAGAGUUACAAGAGGCAGGCAGAGGAAGCGGAAGAGCAGGCAAACUCUAACCUGACCAGAUGCAGGAAGGUGCAGCACGAGCUGGACGCCGCUGAUGAGAGGGCCGACAUGGCCGAGACGCAGGUCAACAAGCUCCGCGUUCACACCCGCGACCGAGGGAUGAAGGUGAGCCCCCUCCAGAGAUUAUUAUUCUUACUGUGA